UAUUUUAUUUUUAUGAUUUAAAUUUUAAAAAUUAGAGAUCCGAACAUGGGACAAGAAUUUGAAAUUCCACUACUGGCAGAGUAUAUUGAAAUACGUGUCUAAUUGUUUCGUAAUUUAAAGAGUGAAUAUUGUCUCCAAAUUAACAAAGUAACAGUGAUAUGAUCAAUUACGAAAAAUUUAGAGUCACUUCAGCUCGACAAUAAUCGGCCAGCUUUACAUUGGUCUUUGCGUUUAUACGAUAAAAAUGUGAUAAAAAUGUUUUUGCCAUUUAUGUGGAUAAUAAUUAUCUAUGACCGCAGUCUUGGUGUAACUGCAAGUUCCCUUAGUCACGGAAAAAUGAAAUCACUAAUUUUCCUCUGGUUCUUUCUCAUUGCGACCUCAAAAUUGCAAACUCUUUAUGUGUCAAAUGAGAGUUGCCAGUACGACAAGCAUUGCAAAGACGGUAGUUUUUGUUUCGGUAAAGACUUGAAUAAAUCUGGUUUGUGCAAAUGCAUUUUGAACUUCUUUAUAAUCAAUCCCAGCAAUUACAAAUGCGUUCAAGCUGCAACAAAACUGGGAGUUCCGGAUUCUUGCGAAGACCAGUCGCAAUGCACUCAGAAGUUCCGGAACAGCGAAUGCAACGGUCGGAUGUGUCUUUGCGUGACAGAUUUUCAUGAAUCCAGGAAUCGUUGCAUCAAGACCAAACGUUUCGGGGAUCCUUGCACUGAUAAUGAAGAAUGCGACGCAAAUACCGCGUGCACCAGCGGGACGUGUCAGUGCGUAGAUGGUUACCACGAUGCCAAUAAUCGAUGUAUCAUUAACAAAUAUCUUGGAGAAUUUUGUGGGGAUCUCGAGGAAUGCGUGGAAAACACAAUGUGUGAUGGCGUCAAGUGUGUCUGCAAGAUAGGCUUCAGUGAAUCCAAUAAUAAAUGUUACGAAAGCAAAUAUCUUGGAGAAUCCUGCGACAGUUUGAGCAUGUGUCUCGAUAACACUGUCUGCAAUAAUAAUAUCUGUAUCUGCAACAACGGCUUUCAUGAACUUGAAAAGAAAUGUAUCGUGAGUAAAUAUGUUGGGCAAUCUUGCGUUCAGCAAGGCGAAUGCGUAGAAACCGAAGUAGAUUGUCAAAAUAACAUCUGCACUAAACGCAAGAAAAGCAAUGCUCAGACCAAUAAAAUCCAUUUUGUCAUAAUUGCAGUCACCAUUUUUAUAUUUUUAAUUUCUAUUAGGAACAACCUAUACCAAAUGAUUAGGUAAUUUGAUUUACUUAUGUUUGUAAUGAUUUAUAUUUACAUAACAAUAAUUUCGUUUUUACUCGC